CGCUCGAUCCCCACCCCCGUGGCGGGUCAAAUGGGGCGGGCCCGGCGGGCUUCGAUUAAAUUCCCAGGCCUGCAGAAAAGAGAACAAUAAUUGCGCAAAACAUGAAACCUGGGAUAGAUGAUCAAAGCAAACCCCAGACGAUGAUUCAAGAAAAAUAUACGAAGAGAUACCAAAAUCUAAAGGUAGCAGAAGCCCUCUCGAAUAAUCAUCUCUACCCAUUUGCUUGCAAUGAACUGAGCUCCAUUAUAGAUCUUGGUUACUCUCAAUUACCCAAAGACCUCAAAGCUUUCAUCUUUCGAGAUUGUCUCUCCGCCUUUCGUCUUCUUCCCGAGAUGAACACAUCAGCUGCUGUUUCAGCGGCUAACCUUCUCGUGAAGAGCGUGGAAUCAGCAUUCCCUAAACAGAAGAAGAACUUAGCCAUUGUAGAGUUUAAGCAGGCAAAAGUAGCACUUAAGAGACGCACUAAGAGCCAUGACGAACAUAUAGAUUUGCCUUCACUUCCACAAGAUAUCCUUGUUCAUAUCUUCAGUUUCCUUGAUUUAUAUUCCUUACUCUCCUCAUCCCAAGUCUCUCGCUCAUGGAACCAAGCAACGUCUGAAGGCUCUCUGUGGCGUUCACUAUUUGAUCUUCACUUUACUCACAAAGUCUUGAUUCAUAUUUAUCCCGGUAUUGACUGGAGAGAAGCCUUUAAGAACGAAUAUAUCUUGUAUAAAUCAUCAAAGAUGUUAAGAUCUGGUCGGGGAUACUGCAGUUACUGCGACUCCGUUGUUUGGCACGACAACUUGAGAUGUCCGAAGAAACAAUGUCGGUUGAAAUCAGGCAAGAAGCCACUCGACCUCAUGUUAACUCACCAGGUUGUUAACUAUUUACUGGGGACAACGAGUUCGUCUGAUGAAAGUGAUUCGGAGGAUGAGGCUGUUCGUGGACUAUGGGCUUAUCCUACGCUACAGUAGCUUCGUAUCUUUACCAAACUAUCAUAUCUGUGUAAACUCUUUUACUCAUAUGCACCUUCGUAUUCUGAGUUAGUAUUUCAGUAAGAGACAAAACAGCAAACAUCUCUUUCUUCCUUGGGCUUGUAGGCUCUUGUGGGUCUUGGGCCCCAUCUGUUAAUAUGAAUAUAUUUGUGAAAUUGUAUUUCGUAUACCCAAUUUUUUCCCCA